AUGGGGACGCCGCCAUCCCGCUCGAGCGUGGAGGCUCUGAGCGGCCUCUCCGCCAUCCCGCUCGACUACGUCUGCCCCGCCGACGAGCGAGCCGGCCUCGGGGACGCCUUCGACCUGGUGCGCACCCAUGCCAACGACCACACCGCACCGUGGAUCCCCGUCGUCGACAUCUCCCUUCUCGAGACACCACCAGCAGCCCGGCGAAGCGGCUGA